AUGACUUCCAAAGUGGUAAGUGGUCCGUGCCAUCAACACGCUAAACCCUUCCCCAUGGGUCCAGUCGCGCUGUUGGGGGUGUUGAGCUUAAGGAGAUCCCGGGGCCCCGGCCACUUUUCUCCCAAUCUGUCGCUUUCCCAAAGAGAGAGGUUUAACAGAUUGCGCCUGGGGAAAUCGUCAACUGCACCGAGCACUUUGUCAACCUGUCAAUCCCAUCCUGUCGCACCAUCUUUGUAUGCUGCGCCGAAGUAUUGGACCGCAUCUUUUUUCUGCUGUUUAUUACCCAGAUAUCCCGGGCCCUGUAGCUACCUAGGCUCUGGAUUGAUCCCAACAAAGCUCGUUGCCUUGUGGACGACUGAUUUCCCACGAAGGCCCCUGCGGCUGCGCGCAAAAGAUUUCGCUUGUCGCGCACUUCGAUCCUACAUCAAACUUUCAUCCCAAUACAUCUCGUUGCGAAUCACGAACAUACACAAAACGGAACCAUUUUUGGAGGGCUCAAGCUCCACAAGACGCACACUCGCAGCAGACAAAAUGGCCACACACCGUCACCUGCCUCAGCGCUACAAUCAGUUCAUGAUUGAUGAUGUCCCACCGCAUAACGAACUGGUUUCCCGUCGCCGGCUGGGCCGGACAAGAUUGUCCCCAAAGGUGGCUGCGUUCACCCAUAACGACGCCAACGAUCCCCUUCUCGAUGACACGUUCGACUACGCGCAUCUGCGCGCCCCACUUCCCAAGGGGAUCGUAUCGCCAAUCUGGGGGCUCAACAAGUCAUCGCCGAGCAGCUACUUUCUCAUGCGCCGCAGUCGCGAUGGCUUUGUGUCUGCCACCGGGAUGUUCAAGGCGAGCUUCCCGUAUGCGAAUCUAGAAGAGGAGGAGGCAGAGCGCAGAUACAUCAAAUCGCAGCCGACUACGAGUGCCAACGAGACUGCCGGCAAUGUGUGGAUCCCGCCCCAGCAGGCUCUUGAUCUUGCGGUUGAGUACAAGAUUCUUCCGUGGAUUCGCGCACUCCUGGAUCCGUCGGAAAUUGCCGUCAACCCGUCGUCUGAGGGGCCAAAAGCCCCGCCCGCCUUCCAUGGACUCACCCAAUAUUCUCUCCCACCCCCGACUCCCUCCCGCUUGCGUCGCAGCAGUCGCUCGGCCAGCCCGGCGAAGACGGCGCCACCCUCCACCAGGCGCCCUAUUGCGACCCCCAGGAGAAGAAGGGCUGGAUCGAAGCCCCCUGUCCCUAGUGUAGUUGAAUCCCAGCCUGCCGACUCCCAGGCAACUCUUGUGAACGGUGGUGGCGGCGAUGACGAGAUAUUCCAGACCACCAGUGUUUCUGCCCCAGUUACAACCGUGGCCAAGGUUGAGGAGGUCAAGGAGGGCGAGGUGAAGGUUGAGGCUGUCGAGCAAGACUCCGGCGCUGUCCUGAAUACGACCGAGGAGCCCAAGAUCAAGGUUCACGUUGAUCAGGAUGUCAAGGUGGAUGCCGAUGGCGAAGAGGUCAAGCACACCAAGGUUGACGUCGAGGUUCCCAUUUUCGGUGGCAAGCUUCCCUCUUCGGAGGAGGCUGCCAAGAUGGUCGCUGAGGCCCGAGCUAUGGUGGAGGCUGCCACCAAAGCGGUUGAUAACGAGGCUGCUGUCGAGCCUACCAAGUCGAAGCGCAAGGCCGACGACAUCGCUGAGGAUGAAGAUGACCAGGACGAAGACGCUCCAGAGUCUCGUCAAGCGAAGAAGGUCAAGACCGAGGCGGAAAUUAGAAAGCAGAAGAUCCGCAGAAGGGCCUUCUUCGGUGUCACAGCCACAGUUGCCGUGGGUGCUAUUGGUGCUCUUCUUCCAAUGAUCACCCCUUAUAUUGCCAAUGCUCUAUAG